AUGUGCCGCGUCGUACUGCUCAACCAGACCCAGUACGUCAACCAUCAGUUGGGAGCGGGGCCAUCAAGUAUCCCAGGACGGGGGAUAGCCGCGCCAUCGGACGAGAUAACUCGUCUGAUCACGUCGCGGUGGUUCAACAGCCGCUCAACUAUAAUGGAGGUGGAGGAGGAGGGAAGACGAUCUCCACACAAUCGUGGGGAAGCGUGUGUUCCCGAGAGCUUCUUUGAUCGCGUAACGCAAGGGUUACGCGGCGAUCUCGAACAUGAGCGGGACAGGCGUCUCCAACUGGCGGACACUGUCUCGAGGCAUCGAGCUGAGUUCGCCUUUGCUCAGCUUGAGAACGAGAGAGCUCUGAAGUCUCUGCGUGACGAGCUAAGGGUAGCUCGUGGGGAUGUUGAGCGGUCUCGGGAUGAGAUAACUGCUCUUCAGACCCUUGUCGAUGGCCACCAUCGGGAGCACAAGGCUCUCUGCGAGAUGCUUGAGCGCAAGGGCGGUCUUCAUCGGAAGAAGCAGCGUACUGAUGGAAAGGCUUAA